AUGGGUGCCAGCCGCUUGCUUCGCCUGACGCUACUUUGUACAUGUCUCGCUGGCCUACAGAACUCCUUCGGCUUUGCUUUCACAUGCCCGAGUCCUUCAAGUGGCGCUCGAAUCAGGCCGGGAGUCAGCAAGACUCCAAAAAGACUCUACGCGCACGACGCGCGUUACGUAGAUAAUGCCAAUUCUCAAGCACCUGCUCGCUUGGCGUUGGUCGUGGGUUCAGUAAGCCUCAGCGUGCUGGUCUUGAGGCGCAGCCGCGUGCUGCGGUUGGCCGGUUUUGGUGGAGGUGGCCUGAGCGGGAAAUGGGGCUGCUACAAAACUGAAGGAGACAUAGAUGCCUAUUGGAAGGCUGCUGGUCUACCAUGGCUGGCCCGGAAAGGCCUUCAGCUGAUGGAUUGGGGCGCCGGAAAAAAUCAAAACGUCCGGGAGUUUACGCAGAAGGAGGAUGACAUCCAAAUGGAAUACUCUUUCCAGGGUCCAGGGCUCGGAGGCUUGGGCUUCACGGAGAAGUACAAGGUUGGCGACGGAAUCCAGGAAAUCACACGCAUGGGCGGGGCCAAGAUCUAUGUUGAACCAGUUUGGGAGUCGGACUCCAUUUUGCGCAUCACGAACAUGAGCCCAGCAAAGCAAACUCAAGGCUGGACGAAGUCGGUUCUCGGAGGCAGCAAAGAUGAAGAGGCAAACCGAGAUGCGAGUACCAACGAAACUGCUGCUGAGGGUGGUGAAGUCAUCGAUGUGCAUCGUUUUUACCUGGAGCAGGACAGCCUCAUCCUUGAAGCUGACUCGUCUCCAUCGGGAGGGCCAGUUGUGAAAUGGUUCCUGCAAAAACUUGACUAG